GGCGGUCACGCCCUUUGCCUGUGAUUCGUUAGUGCGUCAAUGUGACCGCAGACUAAAUGGCGUCUUUAAGGUAUCGCCGUUUUCUAAAACUAUGCGAAGAAUGGCCAGUGGAUGAGACGAGGCGAGGACGGGAUUUGGGAGCCUUCCUGAGGCAGCGGGUGGCUCAGGUAUUCCGGGAAGGAGAGAAUACGCAGAUUCAAGAUCCAGAAGUAUGUGACCAAAUGUAUGAGAGUCUGAAUAGGAUAAACAGCAAUUGUUUUAAAGAAAAGUAUCCACGACUUCAAGAUACAACUUUUACAGAGAUCACUGCUGAAGAAUACCGAAUGGUACUAGCAACUGACAGUCUACAACAGAUGGAUGAAAUGAAAGGAGGAAUGUGGAAGAGACUCCUAAACAAGUUUAACGCUAAAUCCCCUCAGGAUGGAGCAAAGGAGUAACCCUAUUGUUAAUCAAACAAUCCAUGUGCACGCCCUUCCUGAACAAACCCCAUCUGCUAUAUACAGAGUCUCCUAAUAAACAGGCCUUUUCCUUCCCAUUACUCGUGUGCUCUUACUUUAACCCAUGUGUGUGAACUAUUGCCAGGUGCA